AUUGAGACCAGGACCUGAUCAGAUCGUGUUAUGGGGGACCCCACAGCUCGUUGCGAAAACUGGAGACAAACCCGAUUGCUUGGGCUUCUAGAACUUUUCUGUGCAAGUCUACCAGGGGAUGUCCUUUCUUGAUACGUAUGAAUCUUACAAUUAAAGCUUAGAACGUUGGCUUAGCAAGAGCACCUAACUAGCAUUUAUGACGAAUUCAUCCGUAAUACUUCAUUUCCCAUACAAACAACCGUACAAAUCAAUGUAUUCUCAAUGCCACACCUGUUCUCAAUCAUAAUAAUUAUGCAUUGCAUAAAGCUGACCCGCUCUACGUAUCUUUGAUUGGCUAAUCCUGUUUCGGAUCAUUGUUCUAUUACUCCGCACCUACUUCGUAGCUUAAACUUAGCCUCAUACUUUCAACUUCAACUUCAAUCCAGCAAGCAAUUAUUAUGGACCUAAAACCAGCCUUUAACCCGCCAGUACCGUUGCCUACCAACAUUGAGGACUUUGACUUUCCUUCUACUAUCAAUAUAUAUCAUCCCGGGUAUCCCGACUCUUAUGGGGCAUUGCUACGUUUCUUAGCUGUUGACAAUGGAGGCGUUGAUUACGAUUUAAUUUACUAUGCCUGCUGUAUCAUUACUGGGAAUGCUUGGUUACAUGAUGGGGUGCAAUCUCAUGGCUACCUAGCUCAAUCUGCGAACUCCUUAGCGACACCUAUCACUCGGCCUACUGAUGGGAUCCUUCGUGGGGAAACGUAUUACUUUCAUCUUCGUACAAGUUCUAAUGAACCGUAUCCUAUUGUGGUCGAAUUUGACCACUGGGUAUUCCCCCAUGGUAACGUACCGCUUCCUUGGACAAAGCUUGAUAUCUAUCCUAUACCAUUAUCGAAGAUGUUAACCCUGUCGAAAUCAACCCUCGAAGCUACUCAUAUUCGAGACGAGAGCUGCCGAGUAACUCAAUCACGAUCCUAUAACGAGCGAGCCCAUAUCAUCCCUGAGGCUGAAGCCUUUUGGUUUAUGAAUAACCGGAUGAGCCGAUAUGCUUCCAACCCAGAUGUCUGUCCUGAAAUAGACGACAUAAGUAAUACGAUGCUUCUCCGUCCCGAUAUCCACAAGCAGUUCGACCUGAAAGAACUCACCUUGGUUCCCAAGAAACAAAGAGAUAAAUACGAAUUAACGUUACACGUACUUCACUCGCAGACUCAUUACUUCUUCGAGCAAGGGAAACUAUACCAUAACCGUAAACUUCAGCUACUUUAUGAUGUCAAGCCUGAGUUCCUUUUUGCCCGCUUCGCAUGGUCGCUCUUCGGUAAUAAAACGUUGCGAAUCUUCGAAGCUAUGCGUGGACAAAUCAAGAUCCUUGUCCGCCAACCAGGAAGUCCUGGUGAAGAUCCAAAGCCAGUCACCCAAACCGCUCGAUCACUUUCUCAGCUUCGCACCCCUCAGGCGGAAGGCGAAUCUAGCGCAGCUAACUCUACGGUUAGCUCUCGAGGGAAGAAACGUGCAGCAUCCGCUCGUGACGAAGAUCGUCGCCCAUAUUAUUCCGUGUCUAGAGAACGGAUAAUAUAUCUUUCGGGCGAAGGAGAUUUGGAUGAACUGAAGUGUAAGGAUGAUGUCGACGAAGGGGAACUCAGUAGAGGAAGGAAAUUGAGACGUCCUAAUUGGCCGGACCAGGACUCCACGCCUGGUUUAUCACCAACAGUCACGAGCAUCGCUAGUAGCGACCGUAUUAGUGACUCUGUAAUGGAAAACGUUGGGGUGAAGACUGAUUCGAUUUCUAGUGACCUGGCUAAACCAGUUGUUCCCUUUAAGUAUGAGUAAUAAUGAUAUUAGGGGAUACUUCGUGCUACUAGGGGCCGUACACGAUAUAAGUGCGUAUGCUUUGGAUUCACAGUAACAUUAGGUUCAGUGCCGUCCUUGUACACUUCAACGGAAUAUCACCAGCCCAUUUGAGCCCUAGAUCAUGAUGGCGAAUCUUAAUUAAUUGUUGAGCCAAAGUCUUCUCGUAGUCGGAAAUCUGCUUUCGCGCCAUGCGUUCUAAGGCCUCGUAUAGCUUCAUUAAGUCCGUCCGGCUCCUUGUUUCCAGAAGUCUCUUGAUGUUGUUGUUGUUAGAUUCGGUUGGUGAGGUGGUUCGAAUUCCGUAGUUGCGAUAUCGUGAGGCGUAGCAAUUAGCCCAUUAAUGCCUCAGGGGGAUGUAUUCAGUUUCGAGG